UUUGCUGCGCAGAGUAUUAGCCUGCGCGUCACCAGAAGCCCCGACGCAAGUAAAAUCGGCUCCUGCGGCGAACGACGCCGAGAGAGCAUCAUCAUCACCAUCACCUUCAUCUCCAGCAGAACCCCCGGCUCCCCGUCAGGUCGCUCGCCGACUCAAACAGCACCUCUUCCGCUGGACAUGAAAGUGCAGCAGGGCUACAACUCAGCAAACAUGGGGAUCCCGGUUACAACCGAAGAAGAGCUGCGCAGAAAUACCGUAAUAACGCCCGAUGAUGUGCUGGGGCUCCAGAAGAUCACCAAGAAUUAUCUUUGUUCUCCAGAAGAAAACGUCCACAUGAUCGACUUCACCAGGUUUAAGAUCCGUGACAUGGAAACAGGGACAGUCCUGUUUGAGAUCACUAAACCUCCAACCCCAGCAGGAGAUAAAAAGCAUUGUGACCCCAACGCCGGCCGUUUCGUGCGAUACCAGUUCACCCCAGCCUUCCUGCAGUUGCGGCAGGUUGGAGCCACGGUGGAGUUCACAGUGGGCGAUACCCCCAUCAACAACUUCCGCAUGAUCGAAAGACACUACUUCCGCAAUCAGCUGCUCAAGAGCUUUGAUUUUGAGUUUGGCUUCUGCAUGCCCAGCAGCAAGAACACUUGCGAGCAUAUCUACGAGUUCCCCGCACUGUCAGAGGAAAUCAUGCGAGAGAUGAUUCUGCAUCCUUACGAGACGCAGUCGGACAGCUUCUACUUUGUGGACAACAAGCUGGUGAUGCACAACAAGGCGGAUUACUCCUACAGUGGGGGGCCUUAAGAAGACACCCCACCCUCCACCCUUUCACUCCCCCUCUGUUCUAGACAUUUUCCAUGAUCCAGGCACCACGUCUGACCACAACCGAUGGACAAUCCACUCUCGUCUCGCUCCUGUUACUUUAACAUUUUAUUCCAAUUCAGGUAUUCAGUCACGUUUCUCCCUCUCUUUUGCAGGAACAUUGAAUUCUGCCAGUUUUAUCAUCAGUUUGCAUGAGUGUGUGUGUGUG